UUUCUCUAUUUUCUUCUUCUAUUGUUUCCCGACUCUGUCUCUCUCUCUCUUAUCUCUCAAGAGAGUCGGCGACACAAACGACAGACGCCAUUGACAACCGGAAAAUCAGUGGAUUCACCGCGAACCAUCAGAUUUUUCCGGCUAAAACUGGAAGGUUUUGGUUGAGGAAGACGAUGUCCACUCCGAUCGACUUAAACCGGAAGACUUGACGAUUUUGUUCUCACGACGAUCAACCUCCUUCUGCGACAACGACGGCGGCUUAGUCUUCUGAUGGCGUAAAGCGGACGGCGAGAUCCACUGGGAGACGAAUCGGACAGAGAAGUAGAGCUUGUUAGCAAAGGUUUGUUGGAGCCUAACAGAAUGAAUAAAUUACUCAACCUUUCGAGUCCAAGAGAAGUCAUACUUGAUAUUUUGAUGAUCGUAUCUGAUCUAUCGAGGAUGGAUAAGGGUUUCUAUAAAUACAUCGGCGAGGCUUCUGUUCUGCUGCAGCCUUUAAAAGAAUUUCUUACUCAUUCAGAUCAAAAUAUACGCGCAAAAGCUUGUAGUGCUCUUGGUAACAUGUGCAGACACAAUGGAUAUUUCUACAGCUCUCUGGCUGAACAUCAAAUCAUCGGCCUCCUCAUUGAUCGAUGUGCAGACGUUACUGAGGCUGGUUGCAGAUUGCUCAGCUCUUGCCCUGAACCCGAGCAAGAAAGAGACAGCAAGUGAGUCACCGCUUAAGAUUGCACUCUUCUCAUUGGCUAAAAUGUGUUCAAACCACCAGAUUUGCAGACAGUUCGUGCAGUCAUCAGAGUUGUUCCCGGUCAUCGCAAGGCUUAAACAAUCCCCCGAGGAUAACAUUGCUCACUAUGCUUCAGUAAUUGUUGCCAAAGUCGGUGGUGAUUCCUAAGCAAAGAUACUUUCCCUGUAAAUCUAUCGCGUUUACUUUUGUACAUGUGGUCUUGUUAUUACGUUGAAAAUCUUUUAAAAAAAUGGGCCAAUGAUCUAAGCUGCAGUAAACUGCAACAAAUUACUUCUA